AUGACGGAAGACGUGACACCAACUUCAAUCAUUACAACUUCUAUUGAUCAACCACUAGGUGAUAUUGUUGAAAAUUGGACACCUCGUCUUCAUCCUCUUGCUAAUCCACAAUAUCACAUUCUUCAAGAAAGUGAUACUAUUCUCUAUAGUAUUAUAGUUAAUGAUAUUGCUGUUGGAUUUAUUGCUUUUCUAAGAGUCAAUCAAGAACAUGAUACAAUUGAACUAGGAAGUUUAAAUUUUAGUGCACAAUUAUCACGGACUCGUUCAGCUGCAGAAGCAAAUUAUUUAUUAUUACAAUAUGCAUUUUAUAUAUUAGGUUAUAGAAGAGUAGAAUGGAAAUUUAAUGCAUUGAACGCCAAAUCUCGACGAGCAGCAUUACGAUUAGGUUUUCAAUAUGAAGGUACAUGGAUCAAAUCAGCCGUAAUUAAAGGUCGUUCAAGAGAUAAUGUAUGGUUAAAGUAUUGUCGAUGA